GAGAGAGGGGCAGAGCAAGUCAGCUUUCGUGACCCCCAUCCCCCACCCCCCACACCUCUACCAUCUCAGGGAACAGCAGCCCAGAGGUGUAGGAAGAUGCUGACUUCAUGUCCAGGGCACCCAGUCCGCCAUCAUGGCUGAGGUGCACACUCCCUAUUCUUCCUUGAAGAGGCUGUUGUCUUUCCUCAACGGCUUCAUGGCUAUGUCUGGCAUGGUCCUCAUCGGCCUGGGCAUCUACGUCAAGUUCAGAGGGGCUGUCCUCACAGGCGUCCUUGGGGUGUUCUCUACACACCUGUUCCACGUGGGCUACCUGUGUCUGGUCAUGGGCUGCCUCACAGUGCUGCUGGGCUUCGCCGGGUGGUAUGCCACAACCAAAGAAAGCAGAGGCCUUCUCUUGUUUUGCCUCCUGUGGAUGGUUGUCGUCCUCAUUGUGGAAAUCACGGUCGCCACACUGGUCCUUGCCUUCCUCCCGAUUGUUCAAGAAGCAGCCCUGGAACACAACUUUGUGGCCCUGAAGAAGAAUUACAGGGGUUACAAUGAGCCAGAUGACUUUUCCAUGGAGUGGAACUUGGUCAUGGAGACGCUGAAGUGCUGCGGGGUGAAGAACUACACGGAUUUCUCUGGCUCCUCCUUUGAGAUGACGACGGGCUACACCUACCCCAGGAGCUGCUGCAAGUCCAUGGGGACUGCGGCCUGCACCGGGCGCAACGUGUCCUCCGAUGUCAUCCACCAGGCGGGCUGUUUUCCCAAACUCCUGAAAAUAGCCAAGACUCAGAGCGUCAACCUGAGUGCAGGCUCACUGGGGGCCGCCGUGAUACAGCUGCCAGGAAUUCUUGCCACCUUGUUGCUGUUCGUGAAGCUGGGCUGACAGACCUGGGGAGGACAGGGCACCUGGGCCCACCUGGCUGUGGAGAUGUGGUCUCGUUUUUGUUUCUCUGUGGCACCCACUGCUUUUUGAAGGGAGAUUGAUAAUAAAAGAUUGGGGAUCCCGA